AUGCUGGUUCUGCUGGGAGCGCUAACCUCUGCUGCUCAAAUGACUGUCGAGGAGAUCUACAUGCAACGACAUGGAUAUCAUCCACUCCAAGCUCUCGGAUCCGAAGGAGUUUACGGAACACUCGUGAUGGGAUUUAUUGCCCUGCCGAUUGUACAUAUGGCCCCUGGAUCCGAUAUCAAUGGAUCGUACGAGAAUAUUCUAGAUGCUAUAGUGCAAAUCGGAAGUAAUACGACUCUCCUGAUCAAUAGCAUUUUAUAUUUAAUUUCAAUGGCUUGGUUCAACUAUUGUGGUUUUGAAAUUGCCAAAUCUCUAAGCACCGUCCAUCGAACCCUAAUCGAUGCAUUACGUACAGCCUUUGUUUGGAUUACCGGUUUGAUUCUGCAUUAUGCAAUCGGGCCUCAGUUUGGCGAGCCUUUCAGUAUCGGUUGGGGACUCAUUGAACGUGAGUUCUCUUACAGUCUAGAGUUGUACUUUGAACGACAAACAUAA